AUGACCAUCCAGGCAUCUCGUUCGCUGUUAAAAUUAUCAUUAAUCCAACCACCAUUAUUAUCUCUAUCAACAAAAAGAUAUGCACUGCGAACAGCCAAUAUAUUUCACUUGAAUCAGAAAGUAUAUAACUCAUAUGGAAAUAGUGACGAAUAUUCAUUUCUUGGCUCAAUUCCGGAGACUCAUCUUCGACCAAAGUUACCUCGAAAUACAAUUAUUAAUUUCGUUCCACAACAAGAAGCGUGGGUUAUAGAGCGAUUUGGAAAGUUUGAUCGAAUUUUACCACCAGGCCUGGCUUUUGUGAUUCCAUUGCUCGAACGAAUAAAGUACGUUAAAAGUCUUAAAGAAAAUUGUUUAAAUAUUCCUACCCAAAGUGCUAUAACACAAGACAACGUUACAUUAGAACUUGAUGGUGUAUUAUAUAUAAAAGUCAUUGAUCCGUACAAGGCGUCUUAUGGUGUUGAAGACGCUGAAUAUGCAAUUGCACAAUUGGCCCAGACAACGAUGCGGGCUGAAAUUGGUCAAAUGACCUUGGAUAGAACCUUGGCGGAACGUUCUCACUUAAAUGCAAAUAUAGUUUCUGCAAUUAAUAGUGCAGCAAGGGAUUGGGGGGUUGAAUGUUUAAGAUACGAAAUACGUGAUAUUAAGCCACCUGAAAAGGUUGUGCAGUCUAUGCAUUCUCAGGUAUCUGCAGAACGGUCCAAAAGAGCUUCUAUUUUAGAAUCCGAAGGCGCGAGACAAGCUGCUAUUAACGUCGCGGAAGGUACAAAACAAUCUGUGAUAUUGGCCUCAGAGGCUGAAAAAGCUGAACAAAUAAACAAAGCGUCCGGUGAGGCUGAGGCUAUUCUUCUUCGCGCUAAUGCUACUGCUGAAGGUAUGCGACGAAUUGCUUUGGCUAUAGAAGAAAAUCGUGGUCCUGAAGCGGUUGCUCUCACCGUUGCUGAAAAAUAUGUAGAAGCCUUUGGACAACUUGCUAAACAAGGCAAUUCUAUAAUUGUACCAGCUUCUAUCAGUGAUGCUGGAUCAAUGAUUGCUCAGGCUCUGUCUAUAUAUAAUACUGUUAUGAAACAAGAAAAAUCAAAAAUUGAAUAA